ACGUCUAGAAUGAUCGAGAGCAACACAUCAUGGUCAACAUUUGGAUGAGACAGUAUUGGACAGACGAGUAUCUAUCGUGGGAACCGGAGGACUAUUAUGGGUUAGACGUCAUCCGUGUCCAAAGCAGCGCCAUCUGGCGGCCGGACAUAGUUAUCUACAAUGGAAUAUUUGACGAGGGUUACGCGGAACUUCCUGACACGAAGGUGACCAUCACGUCUAACGGCUCUGUGACGUAUCUGUACCCGUUCACGUUCAAGGCGUCGUGCAAGAUCAACGUGGCGGACUUCCCUCACGACACACAGACAUGCCCGCUCAAGUUCGGCUCAUGGGCGUUUGACGGUCUGGCAAUCGACGUUGUCAACAUAUCCUCUCAUGGCGACCUGGAGUUCGAGAAUAAUGGAAUAUGGACAGUUAUCGACCUGCCAGCACUACGAAACGUGGAAACCUAUGGGGCGUCUGACGUGCCUUAUCCUGACGUAACGUUCCAUGUCGUCAUCCAACGCCAGUCUCUGUUUUACGUCUUUUUCAUCUUCUUCCCAAGUGUCCUCAUUGUAUUGAUAAGCUUGAUGAGCUUCAUGAUACCGCCGGAAUCGGGGGAAAAACUAUCGCUCAGUACAACCAUGUUGCUGUCCCUGGUGGUCUACAUGCAACUGGUGAAUACUACACUACCGACCACCUCUAAAGACAUCCCUUUAGUAGGUCGUUUCUUCGGUGCCAUCAUCCUUAUUGUUGCCAUGUCAACCAUCAUGACCAUCUUCAUCAUCAGUUUACACUUCUCAAACCCAAACCCCAAACCGCCACCCCAUUGGCUCAAGUCCAUUAUUGGCAUGACGCGGGAAGUGGUCAUUAUGGAGUGGCUGUUCUGCGGAUGUGGUCGUAGGGGGCGUCACAGUUUUGCUGAAGAAAAACAUCAAACGGGCCGAAAACGUCAUCAAAAGAAAAGUUACAAGGACAUCGUGCUUCUGUCAAUGCGGUCUGGUUUUGAGGAUACUCUAAAUGCCGUCUGCCGCAAGCGUUCUUUUUCGUACUCCAGACGUGCAUCGGAUCUCUCGACCAAUCAUAUUCUCGUUAAGCUUGAUGGCAUUGUGGGUAAAAUGAACAGGGUGAGAGAAGAGAGAGAACUAGGAGAGGAGAAACAGGAGGUGUUGAGUGAGUGGAAUGAGGUGGCAGCUAGAAUGGACCGCAUUUUCCUCCUGGUCUUCAUUGCUGUGGCCACGGCUGCCUGCACUACUACCUCAUUGGUGUAGUCUAGAACUUUUAUCUUCAGCUAUAAAAUAUAAUGAAAAGUUUAGUGCAAAUUCGUGCCGGGAGGCUAAUUGCAAAUUACAAACAUAAAAGAACAAUGAAACAGAGUAUGAAAUAACUAAAAUCUACAUGAUAAAAGGUAGUUGUCUAAAGCUAUAGCUUAGUCUAAAACUAUGUCUAAGGGGUUGGCUUCUCUUCUGUAAACCAUGGAAGACGUAAUGUCCCACCUUUUCCAAAAUUAGUGAAGUUAAAAGAAGAGAUGAUAAUAACGUUGUAUAUUUUGCAAGGCUCCUUCUAGAGAUUCAUCAUUGCAUUUUAAAUUUGUAAAAUACAUUUUUGAUCGAAAAAUGUACAACUACGUCAGUGUUGUUUAAAGUCCUAUCCAUAACUAUAAUUUUGCAUGCUUCUAAAAAUUAGUACUUUUUAAAUUUUUAACAUGAUUUUAAAAUCAGAUAUGCUCCAAUUUUGACGUUUACUAUAGUAUGCCAUUGCACAUUUGGUGGUUGAAAGUCAGUGGCAUUUUUUAGCAUUUAUCCUUAGACUUCAUACCAUAGAGGUAUGAAUAUUAAUGUUUUUUUGCCAUUAUACACCAAGUCAUAGCCUGGAAUGUGACGUUAUUCCAUGAAAUUUGUCAAAAAAAUCAAUGAGAAUGCUUAGACAUAGAUCAGGGUGCCCUGUGCAAAAUAUUCGUACUUGGAAAUUUAUUGGCAAGGAAAUUAAAGUCAUUUUAUAUUAAAGACACUGGAUAGUGUCCAAUAAAUUAGGCCACAGCAAGUAAAUUUUAUGGAUGACAGCGACA